AUGCCUUUCAUUCUAAGGAUUCGCAAUGAUCUCGGUUACGAAGGCCUGCAUCUCUACAUCUGGCUGAUCACGCUCGUGUAUCAAGUCUUGAACAACGUCAUCAACGUCACCCGGAUCGUCGACUUCGAGUCUCUCCAGCGCACCUUGGCACAUUUAAACGAACGCUUGGAUUCCGCUUAUCAGCUCACCAAGGAGCAAAAGCGAGCUCUGCGAAAACUCGGUCAAGAUCUCAUUACAUCUCCGGGUCGUAUGGAGUACAUGGAGCUGUCAGCAGCAAUCGUGAGUCGUGUGAGGACCGACACAAACGCGUAUGGCUUUGAGAGUGUCAUCAACACGUCACCCGGUGACACUGCCAUGGUGGCAGAGGCUGCCGUUGCAGCAUCGACAGCUCAAAACCGUCUGCGUGCUAUGAAUGUCAACUCGAUGGAGGCCGGCAAGAAGCUCUCCCUCGAAGGCCUGACAUGUUUAAUCGCCAAGAAACUCAAGAAAGGAGGUGCCGCCAACGUUCGGGUGGAGCACCUCCUUCACUUUUAG